UCUUCUUACCAGCCGCUGAAUCUUAAUUGAAGACUUAGCAUCGCUAUAACCACACCAGAGCAUGUGAGAACCAAGCCUACGCGGUCGAACAAGCUCUUGAAGCAGCAUAUUGUUCCAAUCCUUUCAAAACUACUGGACAGCUCACUACUUCGUUCAUCGUACAAAUUAUGAGUGAUCGCUUGAAACGGAGAAAGUUGAAUGGUUCUGCGGAGCGUAGAGAUGGGAGGAUUGAUUCUUAUCGAGCUGCCUCGAAAGACGAGAAAGAGUCCUGGAAUGGAUUCUGCGAGCUGGAAUCGGAACCAGCUCUCUUCAAUGUGAUGCUCCGGGAAUUUGGAGUUAGAGGUGUCAAAGUUCAAGAGAUUGUAUCAUUGGAUGAUGAACUCUUGGCUUUCUUGAAUAAGCCAGUUUACGGCAUUAUAUUUUUGUUCCGCUGGCAAGAAGAUGAUCCAGAGAAACAGGAAGCAAGCUGUCCUGAAGGACUUUGGUUUGCAAAUCAAACAGCGAAUAAUGCCUGUGCUAGCGUUGCUCUCCUGAACAUCGUCAACAACAUUGAAGGCGCAGAUCUCGGAGAGAAUCUUCGGAGCUUCAAAGAUUUUACCAUGCCAUUUACACCCGCACUGCGAGGAGACGCAAUAAAUAACUUUGAAUUCGUCAAAAGAAUACAUAACUCGUUUGCUAGGAGAAUGGAUAUGCUCAAUUCCGACCUCCAGCUUAAAUACGAGGCGGCAUUCAAGCGCAAUCGGUCGAAGAAAAGUAGCCAUGAGGAGCAUGAGGCUGAUGCGGGAUUCCAUUUUAUUGCCUUUGUUCCUGCCUUGGGGAAGGUUUGGAAGUUUGAUGGGUUAGAACGCCAGCCCCAGGCCCUCGGUGUAUUCGAGCCGGAAAGCGAUUGGCUAGACCUGGUAAAGCCGAACAUAGAGGCCCGGAUGGAUAAAUAUGGGAUCGAGUUCUCAAUCCUGAGCCUUGUUCGAGAUCCGCUACCGGAUCUUGUCAACCGACUCGCAGUGAACAUUAAACAGCUGCAGGCGAUUGAGAGGGCUAUAAACCCACAAAAGCCAGAACUGGGUUGUGACGAAUCGUCGGCUAGUGAACCCCUUGAUGAGAACACCCUCUUGGGCCCCGAUGAAUCUUACGGCGUGACCGAAGAAGCCUUCAACAAGGCAGCUAUGCCUGUUGGGGAAGCAGAAAAAUAUUCAGGGUUUACAGCAGAUGAAUUGUCAAAACACCGCACGGAACUGAGCAGGGCACAACUAGACCUCCGAACGGCUAUUCGAGAGGAACAGCAGUCGCAGCGGGCAGACGAAGAGUAUGCCGAGGGGCGGAGAUAUGAUUAUGGACCGGCAAUAAGAACUUGGCUACGCUUUUUGGCCCGGAAGCGGAUUAUUGAAGACUUGAUUCCCAUAUCCCAACAGCGAUGGUAGAACGAAUAUGGUCUUAGUUGCCCUGAUUGGAAGAUACUCUACUUACAGUUGUGCACGAAUGAUCAAUGAACUUAC